AUGGAAGCAGUGAAGACAUUGACUGCAACGGUUCAAAAUAUGGACACAGUUGUUGCUGAGAAGGUGUUGACUACAGUAGACACAAAGAUUGACACAAAAAUAAAUGCAAGAGUUGGACAAGCCGAGCAGGUUAAAUCAUGGAUGGUCCAAGACAAGACAUCAUAUGAUGCAGAUGCGGUAGUACAAUGUGUGGUUAGAAAGAAAGCCAACAAAUCCGAGGUCAAGCUAACGUCUCCUAUUCUACUUGACAUGAAGGUUGCUGGAAAAAAUCAAGUAAAAAAAUCAGCUGGAGGCUUGAAAAAAGUUAAGAAGAAGAAGAAUGUAGUUCCACAACUUAAAGAUUCUACUGGAACAUGGUUUGAUUCAGAAGAGAAGAAAAAAUAUUGCAACCUAGAUGCUACGUUACACCAGUUGGCGGCAUCAAUCUUGGAUGGACCUUUGCAAAAACGCAAGCCACAGCUGACAAAGACUCAAGUGUAUCCAUAUGUAGGUAACUCAACUGUGAAGAGGAUCAUAUCAUGUGUCUCUGGGGCCCACUAUGAUCCUUUAGCUAAAGUUGCUGAGACAAAAUUCAAGAAACUAAUGGAUUAUCUGCGAAGUAUUGGUGAUAAAGAUGUAGACACUCCCUUCUAUAUGAAGCUUAUAAAGCCAAGAAACGUCUGGAAAACAGAUGAUUUUGGGUGGCUAACAGAUUCUAGACUACAAGAAAUACGAUCCUCAGAUGUGGUAGUUCUCAGAAACUUACAAGAAGGUCUCAAUGGUAAUUACCCUUCUGAGUUUUCCAACAACAGAAAGUGGGUGAAGGAUGUGGAUCGAUUGUUUCUUUGCCACUUGAUAAAUGGUAACCACUGGGCCGUUUUAGAAGUGGAUUUUGAGAAGAAACUAAUCCAUGUCUACGACAGCGUACAAACAGUUUUCCCGAGCAACACAGAUCUUCAAGAAGAGUGUCGUCCUUUCACGAAGAUGAUUCCCUUGUUGCUGAAUGAAAUGGUUCCAAGAAGGAAGAAGAGUUCACAGCAGUUCAGGAUUUCAAGUCAAAAGUGUGCCCAAGAAUAA